CGCUGCUGCUGCGAUCCGUGCAGCGCUUGGGUCAGGAGCUGAGCAGGAGCAGCAGCAGCAGUGGCAGCCGUUCUGCUGCCGCUGUUGUAACCGUUGGCAGUGCGGGCGCGACUGCAAACACUGGAGCCGUUGCUGCUGCUGAGGCGGUUGCGGCGGCUGCUGUGACUCCACUGGGGUCAGAGGGGCCGGUGGCGGCCACAGCGGUUUCAGCGCUGCGGAAUUGCAUGGCUGUGCUGCAUGACUGGAUCCGGCAGCAAAAGGUGGCGCCUUCGGAGCAGCUAGGAAGGGUGCUGCAAGACAACGUCUCGGACCUGGUGAGGUGCAUCUGCACCGCAGCCUCAACCGCUGCGCCAACGGCCCACAGCAGAGGUCACCUCGCAGGCGCCGCCGACCCAUGGGUCGCCCCUCAGCAGCAAUCGGCGUCAACAGCAGCAGCAGCGGCGGCGGUUGCUGUGCGCGAGGAAGCGAUGCGGUGCUGUACGGAUCUCAUGGAUGCUGUGCCGUACCAUGUACUGCACCCGCUCCGGCAACAGGUUUUGGGCUGCAUCGUACGGGCGUUGGACGACAAUCGACGCAGUGUACGACAACUCGCCGUACGGGCUCGCCGCGUUUGGGCCGACAAAUGAGCGGGGGGCCGUGCAGGCAUCUCGAUGGCUACCCUGGUUUGCAGGUUUAGGAAGGAGCUUACACGUACUACGGCACUUACUGCUGACGACUGAGCUACUGAUAGUUCACAGACUUGGGUUGGCAGCUGCUGCGGCAUGUGUUCUGGUGGUGCUCUGACGUGUUGCUGGCCCCAUUGCUGGCAGGGUUUAAGACUCCUGACGUCUGGGCCCCAUUGCCUCCACACAUACUGAUUUGCCCAUCGGGUCCCGUUGAACGGGUGCACUGUGCCAUGGGUGUUGGCUGGUACACGAGGGCUCAUGAUACGAGGGCUUAUGAGGAGGGGCGUGCGUGGCCUGCUGCAUAGGCUGAGGGUUGAGAGCGGAGUCUUGUUGGUUGCCCUUGGUUUCCUUGGCCACUGUACGGGGGUCAGUCGAAUCCGGGUAGAGCAAACGCCCAUGUUCUGCGUGUAAAGCAGCUGUUUGUGCUCAUCGUGCGUCCCAUGUACUUUCAGCAAAUGUACUGAGCUAGGGAGCACCCAACAUGAGGAGAUAUCAACCCGCCCGGCCGUCAGGGCGGUGAGUCCAGGGCCGUGCUGUGCUUGUACAGCAGUGGACGUAACCUGCGAAGCGCCUGCCUCGAAGUUCAUUGGUAGUCAGGUGUGAGCUGUGUGAGCUAUUCGUAGUGUGAAGUAAUCACUCAUGCAGCGCUGUACACUGAACUCACCCCACCGACGGCCGGCCGGGGAUCGCAAGGGU